GUCUAUGCAAGAAAUGCAAGAGCAAAUUAAAUAUUUAAAGAGCCUUAAAGCUAUUCGUGAACGCUCAAGAAAGGUUUAUGAAAAGGCGGAGAAAAAUGAACUUGAACAUUUCGAUGUUGACUUUUCGAAGUUACAGAAUGCCGUUACCACUGUUAUUUCAUUAAUGGAACGUGAUUAUAAAGAUAUUGGUGAAAUACCCCCUCACGGUCGUUGGCGCCAUUUUGAUGUUGGUGAACGUUUACGUGUACAAAUUUUAAUUGAUCAAUGGAAGCAGAAUAAUAUUAUUGAUCCACAAGAAAUUACGCGUCGAAUUUUGGAUUUAUUUGUAGUCUCUGUUUUAUUAGAUGCAGGUGCUGGUAAUUCUUGGUCUUAUAAAGAACCAGAUACUGGAUCUAGUUUUAAUAGAUCUGAAGGAUUAGCGAUUGCAUCUUACGAUAUGUUCAAAGCUGGACUCUUUUCAAGUCAAAUUUCUCAACCACAUCAGGUUGAUGCCGACAGAUUAAUCAAUAUUAGUGUUGAUGAUGUUCGCAAGGCUUUCCAAGUGAAUGAUACUAAUCCUUUAGAAGGUCUUGAAGGACGUUCUAAUCUGCUCAGUCGACUUGGUCAAGCGCUGAAAAGUCAUCCCGAGUUUUUUGGAGGAAGAGAUGGAUCGCCAACAAGACCUGGUAAUCUUCUAGAUUAUCUUUUAUCACAUCCGACAACUACAACCAUCCAAUCAAAAAUUACAGUGAAAAUAGACACUCUUUGGUCAGUUGUAGUUGAUGGGCUUGCAGAGGUUUGGCCUCCAACUAGAACUUCGAUAAAUGGUGUGUCUCUUGGAGAUGUAUGGCCUUGUGAUGUGCUUAAACCAUCAAGAGCAACAACCGAUUCGACCGAGCAUCUGGUUCCAUUUCAUAAACUUUCACAAUGGCUCACUUAUUCACUAAUUGAACCAAUGAUAAAAAUAUCUGCCAUCACUUUUGAUGGAGUUGAGCAUUUAACAGGAUUGCCAGAAUAUCGGAAUGGUGGGCUUUUAACUGAUAUUGGUGUGUUAACACUUAAGUCGGAUGAUUCAGAACGUGGUCUUAAAUAUUAUAAUGAUAAUAUUUUGAAACCAGGCCAGAAAGAUAUUGAAAUUGUUCCAAUGUUUGAAGUUGAUGACCCUGUGGUUAUUGAAUGGCGUGCAAUGACUGUUGUGCUACUCGAUGUAAUUGCGGAAAAGAUUCGAGAGAACCUUGGUCUGAAUAAAGAACAAUUAAGUUUAGCACAAGUUCUUGAGGCAGGGACUUGGAAGGCCGGAAGAGAGAUCGCAAAAUCUUUACGUCCGAUUACUCGUGGUCCACCAAUCGCAAUCAAAUCCGACGGUACGGUUUUUUAAAGAAUAUUGUUUUACUUUGUUGUCUUGUUAUUAAUCAUAAAUUGUAAGUGUAUAGAUGUAUAGUAUAGAGAUGUAUUUUCUGUAAAUUAUAUUUACAUAGGUUUUUUGUUUAUUUUAUGUUUAUUGAAAUUUGCAUUUUAUAAUAAAAUUAAUUUAAAUGAUUU